AUGCGCCGAACACAAACUGUUGAGACCCUGGGUUUUCCCGUUCUGACGGGCGGCGCGGAGCUGGGUGCGAGGCUCUGGCGGUACCGAGCGCUGCCGCCGUGCCCGUCACGUUCCGGGCCCCGGAGCGGAUCGCUCCCGCUCGGCCCGGGGACCGAGGGGCACCAAGGCUGGAACAGGCGGGGACCGAGCGGGGAUCGAGGGGGGGAACGAGACGGGACCGAAGGAGGGAGCGAGGCCCGGCCGGCUCCGCCGCCCCCGGGCCGGCCCCGCCCCGCCUGUCGGGUGCCGCGGUUGCCCGAUCUGUUGUGUUACUUUGCAUCUCAUGCAGUCAUCUGGUGCAAGGCCUCAGGCCUGACCCCCUCUACCUUCCUAAAGGAGAAGUUUUUCAAGAGGAAGGAGCAUGCCAGAAAUGGAGGGAGUUUUCUGCCCAAAAUUCACCCAUUGGUGGAUGUGGGUAAGACUGGUCAAAAGUUGUUGCCAGUUGCCCCGAAAGAGACCUUUAUUCAGGUUUCCCCACCAGAGAUGGUAUUUCAGAACUCCGUCGCUCAUGAGGUCUCGGAAAUGGUACUGUCUCUCAUAAACAAGGACAAGUUUCCACGGCUGGUGCAGGUCUACAUGGAGAGAUCACCUUAUUUCGAGCUGUUGUGCCCCAAUGAUGCAUACCGCAUCAUCCCACCAGGCACAUCUUCCCAUGUGCGCAUCCGCUUCACCCCCGACGAGACCAAGGAUUAUUCCCACGAACUCAUCUGUCUCACUGCAAGGGACAGGAUAGUUGUGCCAAUUCGGGCCAUUGCUGCCCAAGCUAUCCUCCUGGACUUCCCUGACCAGCUGGACUUCUCAGAGUGCCCAGUCAAGUACAGCAGCCAGAAGACUCUGCUGGUUCGCAAUGUUGGUAACGUGGAAGCUCAUUACCAGCUGAGCACCCAGAGUCCUUUCUGCGUGAUUCCAGACAGGGGAACUCUGGCCGCUGGUGACACCAUGCAGGUGACAGUGGGAUUUCACCCGCUGACGGUCGGUGACCAUUCCGGGUCCCUGGUAGUGUGCUGCAACACAGGUGAGUGUAUCUGCACAAACCUUCACGGAGAAGCUGUAGAUGUCAACGUUGGGUUGAGCGCCAAUUCCGUGAAGGUUGAGAACACUUUCAUCACCACAUCAAACUACACAACCGUGCUCAUCGAAAACAGGAGUAACAUCACAGCCCACUUCCAGUGGAAGACUUUUCCUACUGAGGAAGAUGAGAAUAAACUGAAGAGGAGGAAGUGCUAUUUUCUGCAACCAUGGAACGAGCUGUGGCUGGAAAGAUUCAUGAAGGAUAAAAAAAUAGAGCAGGAGAAGGGCUAUUGUGAAGAUAACACUGCCCUCAUGAGCCAUAUGGUCCAGGAGGAGAUGGCAAAGGUGCAAGAAGACCCCAUGCUGUUCUCUGAUGACAUUUUUUCCAUUGAGCCAAUGGAGGGAGAAAUUGGGCCGAACUGUUGCACCAAAAUCAAGGUGACCUUUAAACCUGUAGAAGCACUGGAGUAUCGAAGUGUGGCUUACUGCAACAUCUCAGGCCGAGAGAGCAGGCUGCCCCUGCACCUCAUAGGGGAAGGCCAAGAACUUUUGGUUGAAUUCAGCUAUCAUACACUGAACGUUGGGAAGAUUUUAGUCGACACCCCCCACGUCUAUGAGGUGAAACUGAUUAACCAAGCACCUAUUGAUGCUCCCUUCACCUAUAUACCUUCAACCACAACCGUGGGCUACUGCUUCAAGUUUGCACCUGAGGAGGGCAUCAUUGCACCAGGUGGGAUCCAGACCAUCCAAAUUUCCUUCAGUGCCACCGUACUGGGGAGGUUUGAGGAAGAAUUCCAGUUCAUUGUGGCUGGAUCUCCUACACCUGCAAUUCUGACAAUCAAGGGACAUGUCUGUGAACCGACUGUACACUUCAACGUCGAUGAGCUCGACUUCGGUGACAUUUCCUUUGGCUUUCCCUACACCAUGACCUGUCGCCUCACUAACCCCUCCCCAGUGUCCCAGAGGUUCAAGCUCCGCAUGUCUGACGAUGGCACUCAGCCUGCUGUUAGCAGCUUUGAUCAAAUACACAAGCAUAAUGACCCAUCCUGGAAGCACGGAAUUCAUUUUUAUGUGGAGCCAAGAGAGUUUACAAUGAAUCCCAGCCAAGGGACCAUCCUUCCCCAGGGACACCAGGAUAUCGAGGUGACCCUGUGUUCCAACACCGUGAUGGAAUUCUACCGGAGAAUGCUGGUGGACCUGGAGGGUAUUGGCAAUGGAGUGGCAUCAGUGACCAUCAUGGCCAGAUGUCUCGUUCCUGAGCUGCGAGUGUACCCUCACGUCCUGCUGUACAAUGAGUGCCGCCUCAAGGUGCCCUACGAGAGGAAGUUCCUCGUUGUGAAUAACACCGACCUUCCUGGCUGCUACGGGCUUAUUCCCCAGAAACGCAAGGAGGACACUCCUGUGUUCUACUCCAGCCCCAAACCCUGUGGGAUUGUCCAGCCUCACAGCAUUGAAGAGAUUCCAGUUAUAAUCGAAGUCCAAACAUUGGGCGAGCAUCGCACCAGUGUUCUUAUCAGCGUGUUUGGGGAUGAGAGAAACCCACGGCAUAUAGUAUUACAGAGCAUUGGAGAGCUGACAGACAUCAAGCUGAGUCCAGGGCUGAUAGAGUUUGGUGUGAUCCCACUGCUACAGCCUAGUUCACAAAUUCUUACCCUCUUCAACAAUGGUCUUAUCCCUGUAGACUUCAGGAUACAGAUGCCUCUGAUCUCUGUGCCGUUGAAGAGCCUCUUUGGGGACCAGCUGCAGAGAAAGGCAGCUCCUCAAUAUGUGGAGGGUUUCAAAUCCCGGUACUUCAGUUUUGAACCCAAAGAAGGAGUGAUCCCUGCUAGGGGCGAGUUUCCUGUGACUGUCACAGCAACCCUGGAUGACACUGGGUUUUUUGAUAACACUAUCCGUGUGUUCAUUCACAACACCUUGUCAUUCAGCGUUCUGGUCCACGCUAUGGGCAUUGGCAGCACAAUUGUCAUAGACAAACCAUUUGUCCCAGAGCUCAACCUGGGAUACCAAUUCAGCCCACCUAAGAAGAAGGGCAAGAGCAUCUCAGCCCUCCGUAGCCCCGAGACUGAAGAUGAUUGCCAGAGCCCCAAAGGCACCAGCCCCGUGUUUGGGCUGGAGCCACUGUCGAUGGAGCUGCAGCCGGGCGAGUCUGUGGACAUGGUGCUGCGAGGCUUCUCCCCCAUCGAGCAGGAGGUGCAGGAUUACGUGAUGUGUAAAGCUGUCAUAGAGGUAGCCGGCAGGACAGAGAAGAUAAUAGAAACAACCAUUACCUGCAAGUUUAUUGAUCCCUCUAUAGAAGUAUCAGCGAGACAAUUCUCUUUCUGGGUGGAGAAGAAACCCAGUGAUGAUGUCCUGACUCUGCAGUACAAGCCUUUGGCUUUAAAGAACACCUGCUUGCUGCCACUCGACCUUAUGCUGGACUUGGAGCAGCCGUUUCUGCUCUGCGAUGCGGACCAGCAGCCCCUCCCGGAUGGCCAGCCUGUGCCACUGGAUGUAGGACAGACCUGUCAUCUCUACAUUGCAUUUGACCCAUCUUAUAAACUGGAUUUUCAUAGCUGGAAGGAAGAGAAGGUUCUGAAGAUAAACAUGGUCAAUGGCCAUCCUUAUGUGGAGUGUAUCACCCUUCAAGGAGAAGUCCACUUCCCCAGUCUCCAAAUCCAGCGCAGCACCCUGGAGUUUGGCUGCAUCCCAGCUGGCACUGAAGAAGUGCGUUCUCUGGAGAUAACCAACUGCAGCCCACUGCCUGUCCAGUACCACUGGUCAUUCCAUUCAGACAGCCAGGUGAACAGGCUGAGACAUGAGUGUUACCCACCUAAGUUCAAACCCCAACCACCAAAGGAGAAGAGAACCUGCUUGGAUUACUCGGCAUCUCAAAGGAGAUGCUUCAAGAUGACAAAGAUGAAGAAGACAGCCUCACCCCUGAAAGAAGAGCAGGAUCUUCGCCAAUCUUUAGGAGCAGAGGAGUUGAAGGAAUUCAAGUUAUCCAUGGACGUACCUCAUACUCCCCUUGAAGUGGAGAAGUCUCUCCUCAACCAGGUUUUUGAUAUCUGGCCACUGUGGGGUAAGCUGCAGCCGGGAGAGAAACAGAAGGUCUCCUUCAGCUUCUUUGGCCACGUCAACACCAUCGCCAGUGUAACGGCGCUGUGCCACGUGAAGGGAGGCCCCACCUACGAGGUGGAGCUGACCGGGGAGGCCUCACGCAUCAGCUACUCCCUGAGCCACCAGGAGAUCAACUGCGGCUUUCAGAUAUUUAAUGAAAUUUGUCACAGCACAGUCACCCUGGCGAACACUGGCAAGAUUAAAUUCAACUGGGUGCUAAAUCCUAGCACUGCAGAGCAACAUCUGCCUGGCGUGUUUCUGGUCAUCCCCCCCACUGGCUCCGUUGCACCUGGUGAGAAGCAAGUGCUGAAAUUCUCUUACAUGCCAGGAGUACCAGGAGCCUUCAGCAGGACUUUCCAGCUUAAAGUGGCAGAACUGGACCCAGAGAAUAUCUGCCUGAAAGGAGAAGCAUCCUUUCCCAUGAUCAGUGUGAACCUGCCCUGGAACACCAAAGGAAAUGAAAAAAAUGAAAAGCUCCUAAGACCCCUGCAACAAUACAGUCAGCGGAAUCAAUCAGUUAUUAAGAAGAUGACUCAGAGCCCCAAGACGGUGAAUUCUCAGACCCCAAAGACUAAGACCUUGAAAACACAGACCCCAAAGACCCAGACCUUGAAGACUCAGAAACAGAAGCCCGGACUGCUUGACUCUGGCAUUGUAUCAAACGCUCAGCUGCAGAUAGAGAUGGUGACAAAGCUGAUAAAGAAGCCUGCUCUGGAGCUGCAGGAAAAGCUUCCAUCCCAUCCCCCAAACAGCAGGUUCCCUGACAAAAAGCUGUGCCAGAGUCUUGUCAACAUCAUGAUGCAGCACAAGCAUGGGAGGCUUCAGUUCAGGAAGAAGAUGCUCUGCAGAACAGAUCAUGUGAUCUGGUUGCAGAGCAGUGAAGACUUCCUAGUUGAGCUGCCUGAAUAUGUCCUGGACAUGGGCACUGUCCUUCAGGGUUACACUGAGAGACGCACUCUGGUGAUCACCAACCCUGGGCAGAUCCCAGUGUCCUUCCAUAUCAAUGUAUCUGCCCUGCAGAACACAGGUUUCAGAGUGAAUCUGGACCAGAUGCAGGGCCUGCCCCACAACCAGACCAGAAUGCUUGAAGUGUGCUUUGAAAGCACCCGCUGGCUACGGGGUGACGUGGAUGUGCUGCUGCCCAUAGAGGUGGCAAAAGGCCCCACGUAUAACAUCCACCUCCAUGCCACUGUGUUGGGACUGUCGCUCAACCUCUCCAAGAACACACUACAGUUCUCUGAUAUCCAUGUUGGGCAGUGCCAGAUUGAGACAGUCCAGCUCUACAACUGGUUCCGUGUACCCUGCGAGUGGUUCAUUACUGCCAUCAAGCCUGUCAGGAAGGACAAUCAACGCAAACGCAUUACACCAGCCAUGCGUCAGAAGCAGCAGGUGCUGGAGGAUGAGCCCUGUCCCUUUGAAGUGACGCCCUCCAAAGGAACCCUCAAUCCAGGAAGGUGGCAGAACUUACAAAUCCAGUUUACACCCAAGCAGGAGAGGUCUUACAAGAAUGAGCUGAAGCUUAACAUUUGUGGAAGCAUCAAUCACUUAAAGCUGCACCUCUCAGGACAAGGUCUAGAGCCACGGUUGGAGUUUAGCCCCCCAGCACUCAGGAUGGGAUGGGUGCUGGUGGACAGUGAUGGGGUGGAUGCCACAGUGGUGGUGAAGAACCCAUGCAACUUCCCUGUUGAGUUUUACUCACUGGAUUUUGAUGAGCAGUACCUUGAGGAGGAGAAGAUCCUGCGGAUAGCAGUGGGGUCUGAGUACCAAAAGAACUUCCUAAUGCCUCCACGCACCGUGGGUGGGACGCUGCCCUCAGAGGUGCUGGAGUACUAUGAAGCACAGAAGAGGCUGAAAGCUCAACAGGCAGAGCUGAAGGCUAGGGAAGAGGCCAAGGCAAUGGACAAGGCAGUACCAGCAUAUCAUGGGGCUGUCACACCCUCUCCUGAGCCCAUGGUGGAAGUGACUGGGAGCCCUAUCUCUCAGGCUGUCAUGCGCCACCUGGGCAUCGACCCAUCUUCAGAGAGUUGUGAAGCACAGCAGGACAGAGGGAUUGUUGUUAUUGUCCAUGGGCCACCCCGGGCAGGUUCUUCCAAGGCCUGUCCCUGUAAUGCCUCGUAUGCAAGUGUCACCAAGCAGUCCUCCUCUCUCUCAGGAAAGACAGAGAUAGUGGCGGCCCUGUGUCACUAUUAUGACACUGCUCACUUGUCCAUUGACACCAUGGUGAAAGAGGCCAUCGCCAAUGAUCAGAGCCAAGCAGGGCGCCGCGCCCGGGAGCUUUGCACCAAGGCUGCCAUGGAGCUGAAAGGCGAAGACCAAGAUGAUGCUGGUAAAAAGCUUACUGCUCGGACCAAGAAUAAACAAGCCUCUGGAGAAAAAAUCAUCAAGAAAAAUGCCAAAGGCAAGAACAUUCCAGCACAAAAGAAAAAGGAGCCAGCCAGCAAAUCCAACAAAAAGCUGAACAUCAUCAGCAGUCAUGGGGAAAAGCUGAACUGCUUGAGCUGUGUGCUGCCCGAGGACCUGCUGGUGGACAUCCUAUGUGAGAGGCUGAAGCAUGAAGACUGCUCCAAGGGAGUGGUCUUUGAUGGCUUGGAGAGCCUCUUCACAAGCAGCCUGGAAUCUUCUCUGCUCUGUGUACUCAAAGCUGUUAACAAUCAUCAUCAUAUCUACAUAGUGAACCUGCAUCAGGAUUCCCCAGAGAAGGAAGAACCCAAAGCCCAAGGGAAGGAACAACCCAAAUCCCCAGAGAAGGGGGAACUCAAGGACGUAGAGAAGGGGGAGCUCAAAGCCCCUGACAAGCAGGAUACCAAAGCCCCUGGGAUGGGGGAAACCAAAGCCCAUGACAAGGGGGAAGCCGAAAUCCCAGAGUACCCAGCUGAGAUGGAUAAGAACUUGAUCCAGAGGUUUCAAAUCUAUGAGUCAUCGCAGCAGGACCUCACACAGCUUUUCUCCUUCGGUGACAAGGUUCAGGGUUCUGUGCAGUUACCCGUGAUCCAAAACAGAAAUACGUCCCUGCCUUCAGCUGAAAACAAAGGUCAGAAGACCUGUAAGUCUCAGGAGAAGGUUGAGAAGAAGCCUGAACAAAAAGGUGGAGGCCAAAGAAGUCUUCAAUCAUCUCAGCUGGAGACACAAAGCGAGGUUGCAGAAGGGACAGUCAGAGAUGAGCAUGUCAGGGUGCGGUGCUUGGACAUCCAGGUCACAAAUCCGAAGGCCAUGAUUAGGGAGAUCCUGAGGGAUGGGAGGCUGCCAACAAAAGAUGAGAUCAGUGCCUUUAAAGAGGAUGAAGUCAACUACCCAGAGGAGCGGUUGGGUUCUGCAGAGUGUGUGAAGCCCUUCACCAUUGUUGCACCGGAAGGUGCUGCUAUGGAAGACAAUCGGGCCAAGGCCCCAGAUGCCAAGGGCAGUUCUGCCGAGGGCCAACCAAAGACACAUAAAGCAACCAGCAGAGACAACUCUCCAAAGGAGAACCAGAUCUCCACACACAGAACAGAAAGUCCCCAGGAUUCCUCUGCAACCAGAUCCAAAAGUGUGCUGAAAAGAGCCUCAACCCCCACAGAAUUCCACAGGCUGAAACGGUACCGAUGGAUAGUGCCUGACCACGGUGAGGUGGAACUGAAGAUCCACUUCUCCACCAAAACGUCAGGGAAGUUUGAGCACACACUGAGGUUUGAGCUCGUGGAGACAAAGCGCCAGUACGAGCUGCCCUGCAGUGGCACGGGCGUGUACCCCAGCAUCAGCCAGAACCCGCGGCUGGUGUUUCCACAGUGGAGGGAGACCAUGGAGGCAGAUGAAAUCAUCUUCAAGGAAUAUGUUGAGAGCACAAAGCAAUUCCACUUUGGACCUCUGCUGUGUGGGAAAUCAAGAGAGUGGUACAAGGCCCAGAACUGUUCCAGCAACUCGGAGAAUUUAACCAUCCUCAACAACUCCCCCAUGGAUGUAGAGAUCCAGUUCUCCUUUGAGAAUGAUGGGAAAGCAGUGACAUUCCUUUUGGACCCUCCCAUCAUGACACUAAAACCAGAGGAGAAGCAGGAGCUGACCAUUUGGGCAUACCCCACUUCCCCUGGCUUCCUGGAAGACAAACUCAUCUGCUGCAUUGAGAAGAACCCAGACCCAGUGGUUUUCAGCCUGUGCUGCCAUGGGGUGCACGUGAUGCUGGAGGUCAGCCCCCUGGAGCUGUCUUUUGACAAGCUGCUUCUGCACAGGACUGACAGCAGGACCUUGGUCCUGAAAAACAACACCCUACUGCCCAUGGCCUGGCAGCUCACUGGGCUGGAUGACCUUGUUGAGGCCUUCUCCUUGUCACAAGAUAACGGCAUCAUUGAUCCCCGCUCAGAGUUUGAAGUGACCCUGAAUUUCAAGGCCAAGCAGAUUGGCAGCAUUAAGAAGACCCUGCGACUAGAGGUUUCCGAUACAGAAAACAUUCUGGGGAUUGUUCAGGCUGAAAACAUUGAAAUCUCUGCAGAGGUCUACGACAUUUCUCUGAGUCUUGACAUGCCUGAAGGUCCAGAUGGAAGCUUGGAAUUCGGAACCAUUAAUGUCCUGGAUAAUGUGAAGAAAGUCCUGAGUCUAAAGAACAAAGGGAUGUACAACACUGAGUACCGUUUUGUGCUGAAGAAUGCAGGUCCCAGGAUGCAAGAUUUGGCAUCCCACUUCACUAUUGAGCCUCAGUCGGGCAUGCUGAUUGCCUCCCAGCCUGGUGUGAAUGUUGAGAUGCUCUUCCACCCCACAAGGGAAAUGGUCGUCAAGAACAAACCCAUCCUGUACUGCCAGGUGAUAGAUGCCAGCUCAGGGGAAGGAAGCCAGACUGUUGCCACCAUCCCAGUGAGGGUGUCGGCAAAAGCUGUGUACAGCAAGUACAGUAUUGAGCCUGCCUCACCCAUCAACUUUGGGGCCAUGCUCAAGGGCACCAAGAAGACCCAGACUGUCGUGCUGGAGAACAGAGGCAUGCUCAACUUCAAAUUCCACAUCCUACAAGCACCUGAGGAUGCAUCUGCAUUGGCAAGCAAAAGUUCAAACCAAGGGGAAUUUGCUGCAUUGGCUACAAAGCUGAAAUCAAGCUCCUUGACACAGGGUUACCUCAGUCUUGGCAUGUUCACGGUGUCCCCCUGCUCCGGCUCUGUCGCUCCGUGGGGCCAGAAGAAGAUCACAGUGGAAUGCCUAGCAGGGCAGGAGGGGACAUAUGAGGAGCAGCUCUACAUUGACAUCAUGGGCAGAGACCCCAAGGACAAUCCCCUGGGCAUUCCCUUUACCCUGAUUGCCGAAUCCUGCCUCCCAGGAUUUGUUGAGGAUGUCAUGUUAACCUUUGAGGAGUACCCGAUCUGCAGCAGCACCAACCUCAACCACAAGCUGCGGUCAGUGAAAGGCACAGGUCUGUUUGUCAGAGAUGAGAACAAAUUCAUCUUCACCAAGGUUCUGGUUGAGCAAGAGGCUGAAGCUAAUUUCAAUAUCUACAAUGCAAGUGGUCUGCCAUGUGAUGUGGUCCUCUCCAUCAAACCCCUGCCUGGAAAGGAAAAAACCCCUAUCAACAACAUUUUCAAAUUGUGUCCAGACAAGAUUUCUGUUCCCGGCUCAUCCAAGGCCGUUGCUACAGUGACCUUCACCCCACCGGAUAAGCAGAACUACAGCUGUACUUUCAAGGCUUCCCUUGUCAUCCCAAAAAGCUCUGUGCAAAUUAAGCCCCAAACCCUGACCUUCACCAUCAGUGGGAAGGGGCAUGAGCCACAGGUGACAGUCGUGUGCCCAAGUGCUCGCAGCAAGAGGGGAAAUGCUGUGCUGCGCUUCAAGAGACUCCGGGUGGGGGAUACAGAGAUGCUCCCCCUGGUCAUCCGUAACAAUGGCAUCGUACCUGUCAAGUUUAUGUUACACCUGGAGGAUGAGCACGGAGCGUUCUUCUUGAAAGGCAGGGGCUCCACACUUGAGAGAUUCUACACUGAAGAUGUGGAAGAGGACUGCGUUGGAAAUGAGAGCAAGCCCCCAGAGAAGCCUUUCUUCCUUCUGCAUUGUCGGCAAUCAACAGAGUUUGAUGUCAUUUUCAAACCCACCCUGACUCAACGUCUGGAAGGGAAUAUUCAUCUGUUAGUGGAGGACAUCUACUCUAAGAAGACCCUAAUAGAGCUGGUGGGUGAAGGCCACAUGGAUGAAUUCACCCUUGAUGGAUUAGAGGAAGACAUAGAGGAGAGGAAUGCUAAGAGCAGUCUGAAGAAAGACAUUAUUGAUGCUGUCAGAUUGAAUCACAUCCAGUUUGGGGACUGUCCUGUCAGGAGGCCCUGCCGCAGGACCUUCACCAUCACCAACCAUACCAGUAUGAAGGUCAUGCGCUUUGAGUGGGAGGCAGACGCCGCAUUCCAGUUCUCCCCCAAGAUGGGACACCUCCAUCCUGGCUGUGCCAAGGACAUCACAGUCACCUUGAAAUCAGAUGUGCCAGCCACCUUCAGGAGGCACCUUGUGAAAUGUAAGGUGACCAGUAUCAACUUUGAGCUGCCACGAAGGAAGGCUCAGGACUGGGACAACCGAAUGUCCAUAGUCACAUGGAAGGAUACCACCAGGAAAGACCCAGAAGCCAGCUGGCCUGAGAAAGAGAAGAUGGUCCAGACAGCCCCGGUACCAGCUUACACUGUGGAUGAGAGCAUCCAGGAGGCCGAGGUGUACCUCAGUGCCUUUGUUGCCUACACCAAGUUCAAACUGAACACAGGGUUGGUUCAGUUCAAGGACACCUUGCCCAACCAGACAAGGACAGCCACUUUCAGGAUGCGCAACACAGGGAAAGUAGCCCUGGAAUACACCUGGAUGGAAGCUGCAGAUAGUAAAGCAGUGAAGAAGCCAUACUCAACCACUCUGACACGUCAGUUCCUCUCCUCUGCUACUCUAAGGCAUCGCAAAAAGCGGCUACCUCGUUUCUGGUGGCAGCAGGAGCAUCCUUUUGAGAUACAUCCUCCUGAGCAGCAGCAGCAGCAGGAUUCUGAGCAACUGCAGCCUUCUGAGCAGCAGCAGUCUUCUGAAGAGGAGCAGCUGGAUUCCAAGCAGAAGAAGCAUUCCAAGAAGCAGCACCACUACAAGGAUCAACAUGUCUCUGAGCCACAGGAGCAGCCCAAGGAGCAGGAGGAGCAGUCUGAGGAGCAGCAGCCCAAGCAGGACCACGCAGAGAAGCUACGCCGCUCGAAGCAGAAGCACCUCUCUUUGCAGCGUGUCUGUUCCUCUCUGGAAAUCUUUCCAGAUGUCAUCCAUGACUUGCCACUGUUCUCCAUCAACCCCUACCAUGGCAUCAUCCCUCCUGACCAAAAGCAGAUCUUUCACGUGCUGUUCUCCCCGAAGUGCAUGGGGAAGUUUGAGACCACCAUGCUGUGCAGGAUUUCUAACCUGAAGCCAACUCAGAAGAAGGCGCGGGUGAUUGUGAAAGGCAGAGCCCGGGAGCAGAAGAUUCUUGAUAAACCAAAACACUCUGCGUUACGGCAGACAGACAAAGGCCAAGGACCCAAGAAGCAGCAUCCAGCAGGAGCCAGCAACAUCGUGUCUUCUGCUGCUGAUGGUCUCCCACCCUUCACCAGAGACCUCUGCAGCUACCCUUGCAAGCUCCAGUGA